AUGACAUGGGCAGGGCUGAGAGGUGAUCAGCCCGGGACGGUGGUGAAAAGUGCAGAUGCUGCGGGAGGAUUACUAGAGGGUAUGUACGACCUAGUCAAGUACGGUCGCUUCGAUUAUGAUGCGUCGGAUCUCAAGUGUGAGAUGCACGAGCCUAUGAACCAGGAUAAUCAACGUUUCGAAAGACUUAAGGACGCUGUUCGGAAUGAGCUGGACUGCCAGGUCUGCUAUUCGCUUAUACUGGAUCCUUUGACAACAUCCUGUGGCCAUACCUUCUGUCGUGGAUGUGUUGCAAUGGCACUGGACCACUCCGAUCUAUGCCCUGCCUGUCGCCGUAAACUGAAUAUGGCGUCGACGGUGAAGUCUGAGCCUGCUAACAAAAGAAUCUCCGGUAUCAUGGAAACCUUGUUCCCUGAAGAGGUCGCUUUACGAAGAGACACGAGUGCCCAGGAAGCGUCUGCACUCGAUGACGAAGCAACACUUCCUUUGUUUGUCAGCUCACUUUCUCUCCCGACGAUGCCAACUUUUCUGCAUGUCUUUGAGGCACGUUAUCGGCUCAUGAUGCAAAGAGUCAUGCAAAGCAGGGAGCGCAGAUUCGGGAUGGUCAUGUAUAACCGUGCCGGUCGUUUCCAGCAAGGACUUGGAAGGUCGCAAUUCAUGCAGUAUGGCACGGCCUUGGUUGUGGAUCGUUAUGAGCUGCUCCCUGAUGGGAGAAGCCUAGUGGUUGCUACCGGGCUAUACCGUUUCAAGGUGCUCAGUUCAUAUGUGCUGGACAUGUACUAUGUCGGCCGGAUACAGCGCGUGGAUGAUAUUUCGGUAAUAGAAGAGGAAAAUCGGGAGGCCUUGGAGACAUCAGUUGCCGGGGGUUCCUCACUUUCUGCCGCGGAUACUUCAGGUGAGCAGCCACUAGAGUCUAUGCCAACACAGCAGCUGUUUCAGUUGGGCUUGGACUUCGUAAGGAAGCAACAUCGCCAAGCCGCUCCUUGGCUCCAUCCUCGGGUGCUUUUAGCGUAUGGUGAUAUUCCAACGGAACCUUCACAUUUUCCCUGGUGGUUUGCCAGCGUAUUACCUGUCUGGGAAGAAGAAAAGUAUAAGCUUUUAUCGACGACCAGUGUCAGGGAAAGACUGAAGAUCACGGCACGUUGGGACGGCUCGAUCCCGGCCCUCCAUUACCUCUACCUUAUGACUAGCCGUCCCUCUCCUCGUCUUUGCUCUAGUCCCGGUCAUAAUGGGUCCGGUCGCAUCAUUCUUACCGUUCUCGUCUCCAAGGGUUUUGACAUCUUUCACCCCGUUAUCCAUCUGGCAGAAUCUCAGGAUUCCGAAACUUAUAUUCCGCAGACCCUUGUAAUAGGCAUCUUUCUUGCUAUGUUCGUAGCACAGGUGGCUGCCAACGGAGUCCAAAUCCUGCGGUCGAGGCGACAAGGAACAAUAGAAGACCGGCGGAAUAAUCAAGCCCAGCAAGAACCCCCAAGGAUGCCACCAGAGCCACCGGGCGAGGGCGAGGGCGAGGGUGAGGACGAGGGACGAACCCUAGAACCUACCAGAGAUGUUGGGUGA